AAACUACAGGUAUCUCUCUUACUACAGUAAUAGAAUACCAGUGGUUAGUGAAAAUUGAAAAAGCUUUUGUUGAUGAAGUGCAGUGUCACAACUGCAAGAUGAAGGUUACUAAUUUUGUUGUCUUUCUUGCAUUCAUAUUUGGACAGUCUUUCGCUUCUGACUAUGUUCCUUUUUUGCUUUGGACAAAUAUCAGAAAUGAAGAUUGUCAGCAGGAUGUUCAAGUGUUUCCAUCUGAAUAUAUUUUAAAAUUUUCUGAGAGUAAUUUCUUCAAAUGUUUGCAAAAUAAAAAUCCUCAAGAAAUCAAAAUUUUCAUUACAGAAGAGUUGGACGAAUCUGACUUCCCACUGACACAAGAUGGAAAAGACAAGAAAGCAUUUUAUAACUUACAGAAUGCUCUAACCUCUGGUAAAUCUGUUGUUAUGCCAGCAGUUCAGCCUACAUCUAUUGAAAAUUUCAUUACGGCAACUCUAAAGAAAUCUUUCAAGGAUGCAAAAAUAUCAAUUGUGGAAUUACCAACGAUCAACCAUGAUAAUAUAGUGGAUACAAGAAAUACCAUUACUACUUUAGAUGAAAAGAUUCAGAGCGAAAUUAACCAAAUUCCAAGUACAUUGGAAUACAUUGCAGUUUUGACUGCCAGAUCUGCACCACAGAGACAUAAAAGGGGUGUAGAUGAAUAUCAUGUUGGAAGACAGCUACUCGCAGUUGAGGAUACAUCUGUCGGCACCAAUAAAACCACGGUUCUUCAAGGGGAUUGUGUCUAUAUUGCAUAUAACAAUGUUACUUUACAAUACAAGGAACAAGUAUGGAAUCUCACUGAACCAGUAAUGACUUCAACCAGUUGUUCUAAUGGCACGGCUGAGGUGGAGAUCAAAUAUACAGCUGUUAAUGCGACAGGGAGCGGAUCUCUAAGCAUGGUUUUGAGACUUGCUUUUGAGAGUCGCAAGUAUCCAGUUUCCCUUGACACUUGGUGGAAUAUCACAUCUGCAACCAUUACCCAUAAUUUGAAUGAUACAGAAGCUACUUAUGCUUUGAGAAUCAGUGACAAAUAUUCAUAUGCAGCUCCAGCUAAUUGGUCAUGGGUCUGUGAAGCACCAGAAGCAAUGACAUGGAAACAAGUUGUUCAGGAUAAAACUAUUUCUCAACAGAUAAAAUUUCAAUUCCUGCAGUUGCAGCCUUUUGAGAUUAGAAACGAGAGUUUCUCGCGUGCACUUGAUUGUUCUGGAUUUCUCACAGGACCUAUUUGGAUGGGAACUUUAAUUUCAAUACUUUUAGCUCUCAUUUUUGCUUUUGGAAUGGCUGCCAUGACUGCUAUAACAACCAUGGACAGAUUUGAUGAUCCAAGGGGAAAAGGUCUUCCAAUUCACACUCAUGAUCAACACGAAACUAACUAAAUAAAGGAGUUUUAUUGACUGUAUGGAACUGAAUGAAUGAUACAUGUGACUAUGCUUGGAAAUCUUCAAAAGUUUGGGGACAUAAAUAUAUAUAUAAAAUAUUAUAUGCAAAUAUAGAACGGAGAACAUGCACACUGUUCACAAUUUUGGUAUAUGAUUUGUCAUAAGAAUUGUGACAAAAAUUUUGGGAAUGUCAUUUUACUAUCAAACAAAUCUUCGAUUCUGCACAGAGAUUUUUAUUAUUAUGUCGUGAUUGCGUUAGAAAACGUCAUUGGAAUGAGCUAGAUUCCAUUAAGUGUUGUUGUAUUGUUUCUAAGGUGCUUGGAACUCUAGGGACAAAAUUGUAGAUGGUCUUGGAAAUAUGGCUCCUAAAUUCAAAUUUAAUAUGUUGAACGUGUACGGUAUAUGGGACAAUCCUUAUGUAUUGAUGUUAUCCACAAACGCUAUAUUUUUGUUGUUUUCUCCCUAUUUAUCUUUAUCAAUAUUUGUUAUAGAUUCAGUUUAUUGUGUACUGUAGAAGAGGUCGUGGGUUUUUCUUUUGUUGUUUUGUUAAUUCCUGAGAAGUUCUUAUUUUAUCAUCAUCCAAAUUAUGUCGCUGUCACCCUGUUUCAUAAGGAUUACUUAGUCAUUCUCAAUGGAAUGACUGUUUGACAUUUUAGUCGAACACUUGGGGUUAUGCACUACUUUGAGAUGUCUAUAUACUUGGUUUCAGCAAUAACCCCUAUAAUAACUUUCAAAAUAUAUAUCUAUUGUCAGGCUAUUGUAAAAACCUGCUAAUUUGGGAUAAUGUGUUUUGAAAAAAGUGUAAUCUGUGCAAUAUUUAUAUUGUUGUGAAUUGUCAAAUUAUCCUGAAAUAAACGUUUCUCGGGAGAA